AUGGAGAAAGAGAAAGUAAAUGAUGAUGGAAAACCAGACCCAGAGAAUUCCUUGGACUUUUCUGAACACUUUAACCAACUUGAACUGUUGGAAACACACAGACACCUUAUUCCUACUGGUACCCAAAGUCUCUGGGCAGGCAAUUCUGAUGAAGAUGAGGAGCAAGAUGAAAAAACUGAAGAGUGGUAUCAACUGCAAGAAAAAAAAAUGGAAAAAGAUCCAAGCAAAUUGCUUCUUUGGGCGGCUGAAAAAAAUCGGCUAACUACGGUGCAGAGACUGCUUUCUGAAAAGGCCACACAUGUGAACACGAGAGAUGAAGAUGAGUAUACCCCUCUUCACCGAGCAUCUUAUAGUGGACACUUAGAUGUUGUCCGUGAGCUGAUUGCGCGAGGAGCAGAUGUGCACGCAGUGACUGUGGAUGGCUGGACGCCUCUGCACAGUGCUUGUAAGUGGAACAAUACCAGAGUGGCUUCUUUCUUACUUCAGCAUGAUGCAGACAUCAAUGCCCAAACGAAAGGCCUCUUGACCCCCUUACAUCUUGCUGCUGGAAACAGAGACAGCAAAGAUACCCUGGAACUCCUCCUGAUGAAUCGGUACAUCAAACCGGGUCUGAAAAACAACUUGGAUGAAACAGCAUUUGAUAUUGCCAGAAGAACAAGUAUCUAUCACUACCUCUUUGAAAUUGUGGAAGGCUGCACAAAUUCUUCAACUCAGUGUUAA